AUGCUCCUACCACGCCUGCUCGGUCUAUUGGCCAUAGUCCUGCCUUCGCUGGCGCUGGCGGACCACUCCUUUGAAAAUACCGCCAUCGUCCGCACAAUCGAUCUCUUGGGCUCUGUCGUCCACGUCACGACAACAUACGCGGUCAAGGCUCUGGAAGAUUCAUCAGCAUAUACCAUCGCUUUGAGUCAGGAGGACGCAGAACGAACGAGCUUCAUUGAAGCCAAAGUCAAGGGCGCGAAGGAUGCCCUCCCUCUUCAGAAGGAGCUGCGGAACCCCAGCAGCGGCGUAGCGCUCUACACCGUGGAGCUUCCUAGCUCUCUUAAAGCAGGCUCAACCCUAAACCUCGUUUUAGAAACAGCGCAGACUCACGCCAUCUACCCGUGGCCAAAGGAAGCAGCCCAGGGCGACGAGCAGGCUCUCAAACAUGACACGGACUUAUUCGUCCUCAGCCCGUACAAGAUCGCAGUGCAGCGAACAAAAAUACGCGUUCCUUCACCCAAAAUCAUCUCGUAUACCACGCCGGAAGGAGUCGAAGCGUUCACCACGGAUGCUGUUGCGACAAAAUCAGGCGCUACCGUGACCUACGGACCGUUCUCUAACUUCGGGCCCUCUGCGUCAGAGGACUUCCUCGAGGAACACCAGAAGCGCGUCAGUGUGCGCUUCCACCACGAGUUCCCGGUGCUUGAGGUCAGGAAAUUGAAGCGUUCCGCUGAGAUCAGCCAUUGGGGAGCGAACCUCAACAUCCAAGACGAGAUCGAUUUGUACAAUGCCGGGCCCAAAUUGAAGGGACAUUUCUCGCGACUAGAGCACCAGACGCACAUGUUCUACAACCACCCAAUGUCAACCGUUCUCCGACAGCUCGCUCUGCAGCUGCCCCCCGGGAUCCACGACGCAUACUACGUGGACAUCGUCGGCAACGUCUCGACGUCCAAGCUGCGUACCGUGCCUUCCGUCCCUAAGGGCCAACGCGCCGCCAACCACAAUCAGCAUUCGAUACUCGAGCUCAAGCCCCGCUACCCACUUCUCGGUGGCUGGAAUUACAGCUUCACGAUCGGUUGGGAUUCGCCUCUCGGCGACUCGGCGGCUUAUGAUGCCAAAGAAGGGCGUUGGAUUGUCGCCAUCCCCAUCAUGACGCAGAUCCCAGCAGCCGUCGUUGACGAGGCGGAGGUUAAAAUCAUCCUGCCCGAAGGCGCGACGGACGUCGAGGUCUUCCCGCCUUUCCCUCCGAAGAUGAUGACUAGGUCAACGCACGUCACCUAUCUUGACACUGUCGGCCGCCCAGCCGUCUCGUUUGAGUACGAGCAGCUAACGGACAAGCAUGUGGGCACCAUCUACGUCUCAUAUAAGGUAUCAACUUCAGCGCAUCUCAAGAAGCCGUUUGCAGUAGCGACGGCUUUCAUGACGUUAUUUGCCCUUGCCCUUGCUGCUCGGCGUGUAGAUCUGAGCAUCGAGAAGGCCACAAAGUAG